UCAGAAACUCAUAGCUUUACCACUGAUACUAGCUCCAUUAUUAUACCGAAUAACACUAAUAAUGAAAAAACUCCUAUACCCGAGGAAUCAGUAAUUCAAGGUUAUACUUCAUCUCCAAGAGUAGAUACUGAGAUUCCCAAGCAUAGCUAA